AUGAGAACUUGUCGUAAGGAUGGAACCCCUGAUAUGCACUUCAAGAAGUCAGCCAUUCCUGGAAUUCCAGAGGAAUCAAAUUUGGCAGAGGGCCCUGCCAAAUUGAUCAAACCAUUCUGGUGGAAUUUUGAUGGAAUUCAAAUUCUGCUGAAAUCAUUCCAGGAAGCACCUGGAAGGAAUGCUCCCGGAACAACACAGAACAGAAUUCCUGACACCCAAAUCGAGUGCCAGUGUUUGCUGAUGCUUGAUUUGGGUGUCAUCAACAAACAACACACACACUCUCAACCACCACCAUCAUCCACAAUGCCCACCCACCUUGCAACAUCACCACAUCACCAAUGCCCACCACCAUGCCCACCAGCCACCCAUCGCCCACAACAAGCAGGCCACACCCCAACCUCAAUGCCUCAAUGCCACAUCACCAGGAAACAAGCACCCACAACAACCUGUUGUGACGUGGCAACAAGACAGCCAGCAAACGACAAUGUCUGUCGUCAUUCCACCACGACCCCCACAGUACAACACCACAGCCAUGAUACAGGAAAUGACGCCCCAGCUGCUAAACAAGCAGGGCAACAUGUUGCCAUGUCCCUGAUAGCAACGUGGCAACCAGACGACAAACAACGACUUGUCGUUCAUCAUCAUAGCUCGCUAACAGCAGGCGCCCCAGCUGCUAAACAAGCAGGGCAACAUGUUGCCAUGUCCAUGAUAGCGACAUGGCAACCAGACGACGAACGACGACUUGUUGUUCAUCAUCAUAGACAACAACAACGUCAAAGGACAACAACCAUGUUAACAGACAACAACAACCCUCCCCCUUCCCUGUCCCUCCCUCUUCCUUUCCCUCCUCCCCUUUCUUUUCCUUCCUCUCCUUUCUUUUCCCUCCUCCCCUUUCUUUUCCCUCCUCCCCUUUCUUUGCCUCCUCCCCUUUCUUUUCCAUCCCCCCCUUCCUUUUCCCUCCACCCUGUCCCUCCCCAUUUCCAUGUAUCCCCUUUGUGGAAGAACGAAAGUUCAAGGACAGGGAAGGGUCACUGGUCGUCUGCCACAGAAAAAGAUAAGGAGAGUGAAAAACAAAGAAAGCGAGAACAAAGGAAGAAGAAGAAUCGGGCGCUUAUCAUGAGUGGUGUGUGA